GGUGUCUGAUGCGAGCAGAGGAGGACGAAGAAGAGCCAAGUCGCCAGCCACUAGCGUCUGUGCUCUGUGCUGCUGCCUGUACAAACAGGAACAGAGAGACAGAGAGAGAGCACCCAGAGCCAAGAGGGAUAAAGGGGGAGAAGAAGCAAAGAAGCUAGAGGAGAGAGCUGGAGAAGAAGAAAGAAAAGCUAAGAGAAGAGAGAUUUCAGAGAGGAGAAGCUCGCCAUGAUGGCCGGUGUGGUAGCUUGGAUGGUUAAAGGGAGGACACCACUCGUCUGAUGCUGCAGCUGGCUCAUGAUUAAUACUGGCUGCUGCGGAGCUGUGGUGGGGAAGAGGUGAUUUUUUGGUGAACUGGUGAUGUUGCAGUUCAUGAAUUUACUCAAGGAUUGGGGCUUGGUGCGUGCCCGGAACUGAAGAGUGGAGGAGGAUUGUGCUCAGUGCCUCUUCAGUCAGAGGUAUAUGAACAAGUGCUAGUUCUACAGUUAAUAUCAGACAAGUCAUUGGCCGUAAGCUUCCUAAGGCAACAUGACAGAGUUCAAGGUUGGGAGCCUUGAUGCCCGAGCAACAAAGAUCAGAAAUGUCCCCAUUGCUGUAACACCAGAAGGAUUCUGGUGCUGCCCGUCGCAGGCCGUGCUCCAAAAGACAAUGAAGAACCAAAAUCAGCAGGCAAAGCCUAAAGGGGGUGCAUCUCCUCUUGCAUCAAAGGCCUCUUCGGUUCAGAGGGCGCCUACCAUUUCAUCAGAGAGAAGAGCGCAUUCAACUCCGACAAGGUCUAGAAUCAAUUCGGAUGAACAGAAGUGCGCGCCAGCGGAAAAUUCAACACCCAAUCCACCGAAGGUAGCGAAUGAUAGACCACAGAAGCAGCAUAAGAUAUCUGUUGGAUUUGGUCAACUUGAGAUGAGUGAUCUCAAGGUUGUGUUGUAUGGCAAGGAUGGUGUUGCUGUAAAGAUGAGUGUUCACAGGAACAUCCUUGCAGAAAAUAGUACCUGGUUUGCUGAUAAGCUCUCAAGACAAUCCCCAAUGUCAAGCAUGGAGGUGCCUGAUUGUGAGGAUGUGGAGAUCUAUGUUGAGACAGUUGGAUUGAUGUACUGCAAUGAUGCCAAGCAGAGGCUUAUCAAGCAAAGUGUUCCACGCGUUCUUCGGAUCUUGAAGGUUGCAGAAUUAUUAGGUUUCCAAGCAUGUGUUUUGUCUUGCUUAGAGUACUUGGAAGCCGUCCCUUGGGUCGGGGAAGAAGAGGAGAAUGUGGUAUCAUCUGUUCAGCAUCUGCAAAGUGGGAAUUAUGGUGUUAGCCCAAUACUGAAGAGGGUAUGCUCUGACCUAACAAGCCCACCAAAUGACACAUUUGUGCAUAUCAUAGAAUUAGUCUUGAAGAGCGGCGAGGAUAGAGGGCGCCGCGAAAUGAAAUCCCUGGUGCUGAAGCUUCUGAAGGAGAAUAGCAGCUGUACCAGUACAUCUGUGGAUAUCUAUGCUGAGACUCUCUACAGCUCUUGCCAGAAUUGCCUGGAAUCCUUGUUGACCUUGUUUCGACAAGCGACUGCCGACGAUUUUGCUGAGCAAUCCUUAGACCUUAAAGAGCCAGUUUUUCGACAAAUUGCUCUAGAAGCAGAUAAUCUCCUUUGGUUAACUGAGAUUUUGGCCGACAGGAAUGCUGCUGGUGAGUUUGCAGUCAUGUGGUCUAACCAGGGUGAGUUGGCUGAGCUUCACUCCAAGUUACCAACCAAGUCGCGCCAUCUUGUCAGCUGCGUCACAGCAAGGCUCUUUGUGGCAAUUGGGAAAGGAGACAUGCUCCCUUCAAAGGACACAAGGAAGCUUCUCUUGGAUGUCUGGCUGCAGCCUCUCAUGGAUGACUACAACUGGUUACAGCAUGGCUGCAGGUCAUUUGACCGCAAAGUUGUCGAGGAAGGGAUCGGGCGUACUAUCUUGACACUCCCGCUCGAGGAUCAGCAGACGAUAUUGCUUUCAUGGCUCGGGAGCUUCUUGAAGGUUGGGGAUAGCUGCCCCAAUCUGCAGAAGGCCUUUGAGGUGUGGUGGAAGAGGACUUUCGUGCGGCCUUAUGUUGAACAAGGGAAUCAAUCUCAGCCGGGUCGGAGUUGAGGUCUCAAGUGGUUAUAGACUGCAAGAAAAAAUUGUCAUCUUUUUUCAUGUAGAAUAUCACUGAGAAAGUAGUGGUAAUGUCUUACUUUUUAGAUAAUGGGUAAUGUCUUACUCGGUUUGCUGUUAGGGAGAACCCCAGGAAAUGAAAACAAAAUGGGGAUGUAAAUUAGUACUUAUCUUGCAAGGCUUGAGAAUAUGUGCGCGUUGUGCUUCUGAUGCUUCAUUUUAUCAAAUAUAAGUGAAGCUCUCUGAA